UAAUCGACCAAAGGGAAACCAACUUUGUCGUUUGAGCAUAGCAGAAGGAACACCACAGAUCAGGAGGCAAAUGGAAGGAAAUCAGGAUCCAUUUGACAUAGAAAACCAACACAUUCCAUUAGCAACUUGCAUGAGAGAUGAAUUGAGUAAGUUGUCUCCCCAGCCGCCUAUGGUCUGUUGCAUUUAUAGGGUUCCUGAUCGACUACGACACGUAAAUGAAAAGGUCUACACACCUCAAGUCGUCUCUAUAGGCCCACUUCACCAUGGCAAGCAAAGCUUAAAAGCCAUGGAAGAGCAAAAAAAAAGGUACCUGCAAGGUUUUUUAACGCGGACCAGGGUAAGCUUGGAGGAGUAUGUAAAGAAAGUAAAGUACCACGAAGCAAAGCUGCGUAGUUGUUAUGAAGAAAGCAUAAAGUUUAACAGUGAUGAAUUCGUAAGAAUCAUUCUUGUGGAUGCCGCCUUCAUCAUUGAACUCUUAUUGAGAAUUUGCCGUGAACGUUUCAAUAUCAUUGGAUUGGAAAAUUACGAAAAUGACCGUAUAUUCAACAAACCAUGGUUGAUACAUUAUAUAGCGCCUGACAUGCAAUUGCUUGAAAAUCAACUGCCAUUUUUCAUUCUUGAGGAUCUUUUUGACCCUGACAUAAUUACAGUCUCUUCUAACGGUAAGAAGCUUUCAAUGAUUAAUCUCUCUUACGAGUUCUUGACAAUGACACUGGCAUUAGAGGGGGCAGAAGACAGUUUGAAGAGAAUUUCUUCUUCUAGUAGUAAUCCUAAAGUUGAACAUUUUCUUGAUUUUAUAAGAACUUUACAUCUUCCAAUAUUGGAGGAAUCAGAUCAAAGUAAUGAAGGGCCAAGCAAAAGUAUUAUGACUACACCCUGCAUUACAAAACUACACCUGGCUGGGGUCAAGUUUAAGUUGGGAUCAAGCAGAAACUUAUUCGAUAUACGAUUCAACGAUGGGAUUCUAGAAAUUCCAAAACUACAAAUACAUGAUUACACAGAGCUCACACUCCGUAACCUCCUUGCCUUUGAGCAGAGCCAUUGCCAAAACAAUUACAUAAGUGAUUAUGUUUCACUCAUGGAUGACUUUGUGAACACCGAAAAGGAUGUAGAGUUCCUUCUGCAGGAUGGGAUUGUUGAAAAUAUGCUUGGUGACUACAAUGAGGUGUGCACUCUGAUUAACAACCUCGGAAGAGGAGUUUCUGUGGAUCGUGACAGCUUCUACUUUGCUACUCUUUCUGAGCGCCUCAAUAGCUACUGUAGAAAGCCUUGGAACAGAUGGAAGGCAAAUUUGAGGCAAAAUUAUUUCAAUACACCUUGGGCAACUAUUUCUGUCAUUGCAGCUGUUUUGCUCCUAAUACUGACUUGCAUUCAAGCAGUGUGCUCUAUUAUUUCUGUUAUGCCUUCUAAGAACCAGAAGCAUUAGUCUCUCUCUCCUUGGUUCACCAUUUUCUCCCUAUUGCUCCUUUUUUUUUUUUCCUUUCUGUAUCAUCUGUUAGUAAACUAAGUGUUCUGUGUUGAUGUUAAUGUGCUUGUUUCAUUUGUUUGUUCGUUUAGAAGGCAUAUAUAGUGAGAUUGAUCUUGCUUCUGCUGUAGAAUUUCUAAUUGUGUUCGCAUAUGCAAACUUAAAUAGAAGGAUUUUGGACCAAAAACAAAACAGAGGAUAACGCAUUAGUCCGUUGUACCAAGCUUUCAGUGCUACUUUAGGUUAUAUAUUUAUGGUUCUCUCAAA